CAUACAAAAGUUUGGAACAAUCUUGUAGAUCAAAACAGGUUGUCAAGAUGGUGAUGGGUGGUUGAAUUGCUUUAAAAUAUUAAACAUUUUCGAUCUUUUUGUCUUUGUCUCAUCAUUUUCUUUAUUUUUCUCUUCAUGCACGGCUCGUGAUCGUCGUUUCCCCUGUUUUUUCCUUUUUGUUUCUACCCGAAAUUCUCAUAAUUCUUUAAAGAUUUUGGUUGAUCCGUUCUGGGUUCAUCAAAUUGAGCUUGAUUAUUGAGUUUUUGAAUAAUUUUGAUCCAAAUUAGGUGGAAAGAUUUGAGCUUUUUGUUCGAAUUUUAGGUCCAACAAACACCCUUGCAAGUGUUUGUUCAAAUGCCUGAGAGAAACAUAUGCUCAAAGAUUGAUCGAUUUCGUUGAAUUGAAUUUGUUCGAGAUCGAAUUGGGCUCACUUUGAUGGUUUCUACAUGGUGAACAGGUGAGAGAUUGUUUUUUUUUUUUUUUUUUUUUUUAAGUUAUAUUAUUUAAUUGAGAUGAGUUUUUGAGUUAUGUUGCAUUUUUUAAUCUUGAAUGGAGUUGUUAAAGUUGAAACAUGUGAAUUUUUUCAAGUGUCAUGUGAGUUAUUUGGUUUCCAUAUGUGUGUUCUUGUUUGUUAUGGUUUUGAUCUUUAGAACUCUUUUACUCCCUAGCCCGUUUCCCUUUGGUCGGUUUAAAAACAACGAAUUCGAGUGGAAUCAUGUAAGAAUGAAGUUCUUAGAGGUGCCUCAAAUCGUUUGGGGAUUAAACAAUCAAAAGAUUGCCUUUGCAAGAGCUUGUUUGACCGCACGAAUGUUGAAUAGAUCUCUUCUAAUGCCUAGUUUAAGCGCGUCUUUGUUUUACAAAGAAAUCGAUCAAUUGGAACCUAUUUCGUUCGAUAAAGUCUUCAACUUUGAGAGGUUUAACUCUCUUUGUGAUGGGUUUGUGCGCGUGAGUCGAUACUCGGAUGUUGGGAAUCGAAGCAAUGUAAUCGAGGUUCAAAAGGGUAGUGGUAGGAGAUGGACACUUGAAAGAGAUCUUGAUCAAUUGAAAGAGUUUAGCAAGCGAGAUUAUGAUGCGUAUGAGACUAUUCGAGUAGUUGGGAAGAACCCUUUUCUAUGGCAUGAUCAUUGGCCCGUUAGCGAUUAUGCAAAGGUGUUUGAAUGUUUGGUUUUAGUAGAUGAAAUCUCCAAAGAAGCAAAUGAAGUCGUGUCGAAGAUUAGAGAGUUUGGAAGUGAAGUAAAGAAUGGUUCUUCUUCGUAUCAAACACCAUAUGUAGCGAUCCAUAUGAGGAUCGAAAAAGAUUGGAUGAUACAUUGUAAAAAUCGAGAACGACGAUCAAAUUUAACGAACAUUUGUAGUAGUAAAGAGGAGAUUACAACUAGAGUAGCGAAUAUUCCCGCCCUAAAACCACCAACGACUCUUUAUCUCGCCGUGGCUAAUGAGCUUCUUGAAGAUGAUUCAAUCUUGAAUGGUUGGAAAGAGGGUAUGCAUCCGGUUGACAAAAAGCGAUUAGGGUUAACCGAAAUUUACAAGAACCAUUCGUAUCUAAUUCAAGCAGCGAUAGACUAUGAAGUUUGCUUAAACGCCGAUGUUUUUGUGGGCAAUAGUUAUUCAACGUUUUCUAGUCUUUUGGUUCUCGAGAGAACUCAAAAGAUAAUCAAAACGGGAAUUUCGCACGCAUGUGGAAACAAUGUCAGAUGGCCUUCGUAUGCUUAUAACAUUGAAGGGGAAUCUGGCGGUCCACAGCUAUGGAUGACAAAUUUAUCCGAUUCAAGCUUACAAGCGAUUAGUUAUGGUUCGAAUAGUGUCUCGUGCCGAAUAGUUUAAAGAUGUUAGGUCAUAUGUGGAUUAAACUAGGUGGUAUGGUCCAACGAUUCUUUUGUUUGUUGAUAUAUUAAUUUUUCAUCAUAUUGUGAUUUCCGAAAGAAUUUAUGCUCUUUGUAUCAUAACUGUUUAUUUCAUAGUUAUAAAAGAAAUUAACAUAUUAACUUU